AAUUUUGAUGUUUUUCCGCUGUUUUUCCCCAGUUUCACAUUCUUUAGUUUCGACUGGACGCUUCUGCGACUGAAGUUGUUCUUGAGAGUUAACAGUGUAACAAACAAUGUCAGAUUCUGAUGAUUCUGUUGAACUUGGUUAUGGAGGAGCCAAAGUUACGCACAAAAUUUCUAAAGGUGUCGCAAGUGUUGGUGAUCCAUAUGUAGAAAUAAUAGAGCAUCCGCAGUCAAGGGGUAUUCGAUUCCGAUACAAAUCUGAGGGGCCAUCACAUGGUGGACUGCAAGGAGAGUCGAGUUCAAGGGGGAAAAAAACAUAUCCUGCAAUCAAGAUCCACAAUUAUGAAGGCCCUGCAAUAGUGUUCGUCACUCUGGUGACUGACCAAGACCCCCCACAGCCGCAUGCACAUGAACUGGUUGGAAAAAACUGCACAGAUGGAAGGUGUUCCUUUGAAAUCAGGCUUCAUAGGGCAAUGAACAUUCCAUUUCCAAAUUUGAGUGUUCAACAUGUUACGAAAAAGUCUGUGUUAAAAACACUUGAACAAAGGAUUCGUGAGAACCGCUAUCCCUUCCAGGAAAUACCCCAGAAAUUACAAGAAGAGGAAAUUACUUCAAUUCGAGAGGAGGCGAAGAAGCGUGCAAACGAUAUUCCAUUGAGUGUAGUACGUCUGCAGUUUGAAGUGCUUCUGAAACCAGAGGGGAGGGCCCACCGCAGACUUCCUCCAGCGUACUCCAAGCCUAUUUAUGAUAGCAAAUCACCUGCAGCUGCUGCCCUGAAGAUCUGUCGAAUGGACAAACAGGCUGGUUGUUGCCGGGGGCAUGAGGAAGUGUUCCUCCUUUGCGAUAAAGUUCAAAAAGAUGACAUCAAGGUGCGGUUCUUUGAGAAAGAUCAUAGAGGUGUCCUUAAAUGGGAAGCGGAGGGAAAUUUUGCUCCAUCAGAUGUCCACAGACAGUAUGCCAUUGUGUUCACAACGCCACCAUAUCAGAACCAAAAUAUUGACCAUCCGGUUGAAGUGAAGAUUCAACUCGUCCGCAAAUCGGAUGACGAAGAAAGUGAGGCAAAGGCAUUUACAUACUGCCCACAGCGAGAUAAAGAAGAAAUACAAAGAAAACGACGGAAGAAAAUCCUGAUGCCGGUAUACCCAGAUGGUGGGGCAGAAGGAGAGGACCAAGAGAACUGCCAGGAUGGUGGAAAUGUCCGUGGCACACGGACCCCAGGAAGUGGGGGCGCUGGCAGCACAAACGUACCGACUAGGCAGAACAGUUUGCAAAAUGCCAGUUCCCCAAGACUGCCAACGAUUCUUGAUUCAAAUGUUGUCUCCGAUUGUGCUGCAGUGUUUGAAAGACGCCAAGAGUUCCCGACGAAACAUUUACCAGCUAAUAAAAUGCAGGAAGCGGAUUCUUUCGGUGGUUUUGAAGAAGCUGACACUGGUCGUAUUAUUGAACCUGAACACAAGAUUCGGCCGUUAAAAACCCGAGUUGACCAUGGCAACAUACAGAGGGGCGUGAUGGGAGAGAAAGAUGUUGGCUGCCAAACAGAGUUGCAUCCUGAAGAAGAACUCAAAGAUCGCUACACAGCGAAUUACAAGGGAACGUUGGCCUAUAGUAUUGCAGAGCGGUCCACCGCUGGCCUCUUGCAGUACGCAGUGACAUCGGACACGAAGAGCCUUCUCCAUGUGCAGAGGUAUCUGUUAGGGGUGAAAGAUGAGGAAGGGGACACUCCUCUUGACAUUGCUAUCGUCAACAAAAACAAAGAUGUUGCCAAGGCCAUGGUCGAAGUAGCUGCAACAAUUCAGGAUGCUGACUUCCUCAAUAUAACUAACACAGAUGGCCAGUCUGCUGUCCACUUGGCGGUGAUUUACAAACAGCAUGAAGUGUUCGACAGUCUGCUCCGAUGUUAUGCCGAUCCUUCCGUACAGGAUAACGACGGGAAUACCGCAGCUCACAUCAUAGCCAUGGAGGAUGACAAGAAGUGCAUGGAGGUUCUCCUCAAAUACAGGGACAACAAGCUUUAUAAGGACAAUGUGGUUGACAUGUCAUGGGCUAACAAGAAGAAUCACGAGGGUGUAACACCACUCCAUCUAGCGGUCAGAUGUCAGAGCUUGUACUGCGUGAAAGCUCUGCUGAAAGCAAAAGUAGAUCCUAACAUAGAGGAUGCGAAAAGUGGCCGCACAGCUUUACAUAUCUGCGCUGAUGUCAACAACAUUGGCAUCCUAGGAGCUCUUCUAACAGAGGGUAACCCGGAUGUGAAUAUCAGGGAUUACGACGGUCUGACACCACUUCAUAUUGCCGUAAGCCGAGGCAGUAUCGGCAUGGCGGCGCUGCUGAUGCUGCGAGGAGCCGACCCGAACAUCGAGUCGAAUCGUACUGCAAACACUGCUCAUGUAGAUGAUGAAGCUGAAGAGUGUGCAGCGGCGCAACAAGACGGAGUCCGCGGAGAGACGCCAAUGGACUUCGCCAAGCAGCUGAAGAAUUUAGAAAACGACAAAAAGAAGUUGAUCAGGAUACUAGAGGGGGAAUCCUACGCGAAUGUGAGUUCUGUCGCCAAGGGGAUGCAAGGAGUGAAGUUUAAUCCGCACGAUGAUCUCCCUCCAAUCGAUUCCUUGUACAAUUCGUUGAACGACUUAGGAGUGCAGGCCUUACCUCAAGGGGAUAUUUUGGAUCUAAACUUCGGCGUCCGAUACAAGCUAGCCCAAGUGCUAGACAAGGAUAACAGUGCGCGUGGUUGGAGAGGUCUAGCGGAGAAGAUAGACCUGGAUGCGCUUAUUGAGCCACUGGGGAGAGAGAAGAGUCCAACGAUGGCAUUGCUUGAUAACUAUGAGGUUAUUGACGGAACUGUAGCAAAACUAAAGGAAGCGCUAACUGCGAUUAAUCGACCUGACCUUAUAAAGGUGCUGGAUCAACAUGCCAAGGUUGUCACGAAACGUCGUUCAAAAGCAAAUGGGCCGAAGAGUUUAGAUUCAGGUUACCUGUCAGUAGCACAUUCAGCGUCUGCAACAAAGAGUUUACCCACUGUGACUGGAAACAGAGACAAGUCAAGAAAAGACUGAAAGAUCAAUGCGUUUUCGAAAGAAGUGGUUCAUCUUUUUGCUCUUAAAGGCAAACUGUACUGAUGAAAGUUCAGGCUGUUCAUCUGCCAUAACAAGGGCUGUGUGUAUAAUUCAAUCAGGCUCUCACAGCAGCCAAAAGGACUAGAACAAAGCUUGCAUUUGAUUAUUUACCCCGAGUAGGCUCUUCACAUUCUGGAGAUAUGAAUGCUACUCUUCGAGACUGCAACCUAACGGUGAAACAGUGUAAAUGAUCAAAUGCCGAGACUCCAAGAGACCAUUGCCGUGAUUCUGGUCGCUGUGGCCGACUCGAAUUAAGAAAAGGUGGGAGACACUUGCACUUAGCACUCAAAUUCCUGGUCAAUUUUGACAUGAAGGCGCCGCCACCCCCUCUUACUCCACCUUUGGUCGUAUGGAGUCUUUUUUUAUGUUGUAAAUUGAGGAAGGGCAUCAAAACAAAGGUUCCUGAUCCUCCCGGAUAUGUGUUGUAAAUCGUCAAAAACGUGAAGGCUACCUGUGUGCCUCUACCAUGUCCUCUGGUUGAAGGCAAUUCACUGUUCAUCUUAGAGACUGUGAGGAAAUAUUUUCCCUCUUGAUGUUUAUAUGAAAAUUCUGGACCUUCGGGGUCUUUCCACCAAAAAUCUGAUUUCCGGGAAUGAUUUUUUAACCAGGAAUUGCAGAUACAUGUAUUGGUACCUAUAUAGAAUCACUUUAGUGUAAUAGUGCACUGUUUAUGCCUUUUUGAUAUAUUGAUCAUCUCGGAGCUGUAUUUCACUGCAAUUAGCUCCUUCUUGGUCGUGCUUUCUCUGGCAAAGUUUUUUUAGGUACAUUGAAUUUUUAAGUGUCGGAUGAAAUAUAACAUUUUGUUUGAAUGCUGCAAUCACCAAAAAUCCAAAAUGGGAUAGCAGGUAAUUGUGUCCGAGUAUAGAAAAUUAGAUUACCCCAGAUGUCAAUGAAUAAGUACUUUAGAUGACGCAUGAUUCCAAUUUUUUUCAGAAAUUUGCAUGUAUUGCCUUUUGAAAUAGGUUUCCUCCCUUAGCCAGCAUCAGUUUAGUAACUCAAAACACUGAAUUGGUCCACCGUGGGAAAGUUCGGUAUUUUUAUUUGAAAAAGGUUGACAGGAUGGAUUUUGAAUAGCAAAGUUCGUGUACCCUUAUCCAACGAAUACCAGCUCAAAGCACUUGUCAUUUUCCUGUAGUUUUCCAAGAACCAUUGUAUUGCAUCACUUAAGCUUCAAACAUAGACCUGCUUAAGAUCCAAUUUUGUGAAUCGUGCACUUCCAUAAGGCUCUGUAGUCAAUGUUGAUUUUAACGGCCAUGACGGUCAAAGAAUUUACGUAAUAUGCAUUAUGUUAGGAUUUCAACUCGACUUUUUUAAAAUAGCGAGACCAGCAAAAUUCCUCGCGUGAUGUAUUAUUGACUUUUAUGAUUGUAUAUGAAUAGUACCCUAUCAUGCUAUGCUCUUCGAUGAAAAAUCCUAAAUUCCCCAAGUUGGCGAAUGUUUGGGCAAAUUCAAGUUGAUUGACUUGUUUCUACUGUGUGUAAAUAUCUGUAUGAUACAUGUAUGAAAUAUUUGGGCCUAUAUGUUGAAUAAACACCUAUGUAA